AUGGAAGUGGAGCUGGAGGUCCAUAAAAAGAAGAAGAAAAAGAGCAAGAAACAUCUCACAGAAGCACCUAGCGAUACACACCACACACCUGAUGAAGAAAGCCUUCACAAGAAGCACAACAAGAAAAAGAAGAAAACCAAAGACGGUGGGCGUGGCGAUGACAGUGCGGCUGAGUUUCUGGCUGAUUUGGCAGAGAGAAAGAUGAUGAUGAAGAAGAAAAAUAGACAUAAAGAAGAGAAGGUGGAUGUGAACUCCGGGGUGAUGGAGGACAGUAGCCGUCAAGAGAGAGAGGAGACGAAAAAGAGGAAGAAAAGAAGAAUUGUGGAGACUGGACAUCUCGAGCGGGACAAGAAAAAGAAGAAAACCAAAGACGGUGGGAGUGGCGAUGGCAGUGCGGCUGAGUUUUUGGCUGAUUUGGCAGAGAGAAAGAUGAUGAAGAAGAAAAGUAGACCUAAAGGAGAGAAGGUGGAUGUGAACUCCGCGAUGCUGGAGGAGGACAGCAGGUGUCAAGAGAGAGAGGAGACGAAAAAGAGGAAGAAAAGAAGAAUUGAGGAGACUGGACAUCUCGAGCGGGACAAGAAAAAGAAGAAAACGAAAGUUAGUGGUAGUGGCGAUGGCAGCUCCGGGUUUCAGGCUGAUGGGGCUGAAAGAAAGAUGAAGAAGAACAUUAAACACAAAGGAGAGAAGGUGGGGGUGAAUUCUGUAGUGAUGGAGGACAGCAGAUGUCAAGAGAUGGGGGAGACGAAAAAGAGGAAGAAAAGAAGAAUUGAGGAGACAGAGCACCCAGUAGAAAGAGAAAAGGGUGCAGAGGUGACUGUUACACCAAUGCAGACAAGCGGUGAAGCAGCAGGUCAGAACUCUGCGAAGAGCAAGUCUGAAAAGCCAAGGAAGAGAACAGAGACAUCACCUGCUACAGGCACACAGCCACACACAAGCAAAACAAAAAAAGAAAAAUUCUAUGGGCUGAACAAGGAAGCCAUACUGCAGGAGAUCAAGGAGUACAUACCUAACGUCAUUGCCACAGAUUCAGAAAGUAUAUAUCAGUUCAAAAUGUAUGAUCUUCCUCGUUUCAGGGAAUUUAAGAAGCAAGGUAUGCCGAUACGGACAGGGAAGUUUACUCAGGCUGAGAUCAAGCGUCUCAAACAGAAUGUGAAGGACUUCCUGGCUCUAUCGGGUAUAGAGAGUGAGACUAAGCUCUUCAUGCCUCGUCGCUUCCCAGACGAAAAGGACAUUUUCAGGCGGAGGAGGAAGCUGGGAUUCAUCAUGUGUUUGUGUGAAGGGAUACCCCGCCCCUCCAUCAGCAUACGAAUUCGAGCUCAGCAUCUGUUCAACCGGGAGAAUUUCUUGGGCAGGUUCACAGACAAGGAGAACCAUGACUUACUAAACCUGUACAAACUGCAUGGACGUAAAUGGAGUCUCAUCUCCGAAAAGAUGGGCCGCAGUCCAGCAGCAGUGAAAGGACGUUUUAUCUUGAUGUGUGAGGGCCGUGGGCCAUGGACAGAGGAGGAGCUUAGGACACUGCUGACAAGUGUGCGGCAGCAUCUGCUGAAGCGGGCAACACCUGGUGAGGACGGCAGCAUUGGUGCUGCAGUCAUCAGGAAAGUAGACUUGUACAAGCAACUUCCCUGGGUGAAUGUGAGCAAGCAGGUUCAGACUCGUAGUUGGCUCUACUGCAGGACUAAGUGGAUGCAAUACCUGACAUGUAAAAUGAGAACCGGCAGCGUCAUCAAAGGCAGGAAAACACUUGAGAGUCAAAUCCAGCUGAUCAAAGCAAUCAAUGAAAUGGUUGUGGAAGACGCAGCAGACAUUGUGUGGGAUGACCUCACUCAUCUGUUUGGGAACGCACACCCGGCCUAUUUACAGAUGAGGUUCCACCAGCUGAAAGUAGCCCAUGUACCAGGAUGGAACACCAUGGAGGACUUCUGUGAUGUCAUCGACCACCUGUACGAGAAGACGCUUCCUCAACUGGAGGAGGAGCUGAAGAACUGCAGAGAGGAGGAGGAGGAGCCAACUGAGGAGAGAGACUCCUAUAGGCUGUCUGAGAUCUUCCCUGACCUCUGA